UGCAAGACUGAGAAGUGAGGAGAGAGACGUGGAGAGACAGAGAGAGAGAAGUAGAGAGAGAGAGAGACGCAGAGAGACAUGGAGACAGGCAAAGCAAGACGCUAAGCAAGAGACACGUGGGGUGUGAGAGAAGGAACAGCUCGGCAGCCCCGUCUUCAUGCCCGGCAGGUGCCCCACCUGGCCCAUCCUCCCAGACCCUCCUGACUCCCGUCUCCAUCGCGUCCUCUCCCCAGGUAAGCCUCAGCCUGUGCUGAAGGCAGUCUGACUCAGGGCCUCCCAGUGACUCUCGAGGAGCAUCUGCAGAGGGGAGGAUGGCCCAAGUCCUGCACGUGCCAGCCCCCUUUCCAGGGACCUCAGGCCCGGUCUCCCCUCCCGGCUUCCCUGCCAAGGAGACCGACCCUCCUUACUCCGUGGAGACGCCCUAUGGCUACCGCCUGGACCUGGACUUUCUCAAGUAUGUGGACGAUAUUGAGAAGGGCCAUACCCUGCGGCGCGUGGCCGUGCAGCGCCGACCUCGCCUCGGCUCGCUACCCCGAGGCCCUGGCUCCUGGUGGACAUCCACUGAGUCGCUCUGCUCUAACGCCAGCGGGGACAGCCGCCACUCUGCCUACUCCUACUGUGGCCGCGGCUUCUACCCGCAGUACGGCGCCCUGGAGGCCCGCGGCGGCUUCAAUCCUCGGGUGGAACGCACCCUACUGGACGCCAGGCGCCGCCUCGAGGAUCAGGCGGCUGCACCCACCGGCCUGGGCUCCCUGGCCCCCAGCGCAGCCAGCUCCACCAACUCACUGGUGGGUGUGGGGCUGCCGCCCCCAACACCACGGGGCUCAGGAAUGUCCACGCCAGUGCCACCUAGUGCCGGGCACCUGGCCCAUGUUCGGGAGCAGAUGGCGGGUGCCCUGCGGAAGCUGCGGCAGCUGGAGGAGCAGGUGAAACUGAUCCCUGUGCUCCAAGUGAAGCUGUCCGUGCUGCAGGAGGAGAAGCGGCAGCUCACGGUGCAGCUCAAGAGCCAGAAAUUCCUGGGCCAUACUUCAGGGUCCCGGGGCCGCAGUGAGCUCUGUCUUGACCUCCCCGAGGCUCCUGAGGACCCGGUAACACUGGAGACCCGGAGCGUGGGCACCUGGGUUCGUGAGCGGGACUUGGGUGUGCCCGACGGGGAGGUAGCCCUUGCUGCCAAGGUCGCGGUGUUGGAAACCCAGCUCAAGAAAGCGCUCCAGGAGCUGCAGGCAGCUCAGGCCCGACAGGCUGGCCCCCAGCCCAACCUCCAACCCCAGGCCUGGCCACCGACAGACAGCCCAGUUCGUGUGGACACCGUCAGGGUGGUAGAGGGGCCUCGGGAGGUGGAAGUGGCAGCCAGCACGGCCGCCGGGGCCCCUGCACAGCGGGCCCAGAGUCUGGAGCCCUAUGGGGCAGGGCUGCGGGCCCUGGCGACCUCUGGAGGAACCGAGAGCCGAGCUAUGUUCCGAAGCCAUGAAGUGGUGGAGACAGUGCUGCCCUCGCCCACUGCACCCACUGGCAAUGUCCACUUGGUGAAGAAGAUCAGCAUCACAGAGCGAAACUGCGAUGGGGCAGCAGGUCUCCCCCAGGCUCCUGCAGAGUCAUCCUUGUCACCCCCAGGGCCCGCUGCAGCUUCCCUGGUGCAGCCCAAGAAGAAUGCAGGCUGGGUACCCACUGGUGACAGUACCAACAGGGAGCCCAUCAGGCAAGCAGCCCCACGUGAGUCAGAGGAGACCAGAAGUGGAGGUAAGUGGGGGUGGCUGCCAAGAGGGAUGGGGCACUGGAGGCCUGGGCAUGGGGUCUGGCUUCAGGAUACCCGGGUGACACCACCUCUCCCCUCAGGUGGGCUCCAGGAGGGCGUGCGGUCCAUCAUGAAGCGGAAAGAGGAGCCUACAGAGCCCGAGGACCACCAGCAGAGCCUCCAGUGCGUGGGAGUCAAUGGAGGGUGUGAGUCCUCAUCUGAGGACUCCAGCACAGCAGAGAACUUCUCGGACAAUGAGAGCACAGAGAACGAGACCCCAGAGCCCAAGGCGAGGGUGCCGAGUGUGGCCGAAGCUCCCCAACUCAGGCCCAUGGGGACAACAGUGACCAAGAACAGCCGGGAGGAGUGCCAGUUAUCUCGGGAGUCUCAGCAUGUGCCCACAGCUGAAGGGGCAUCAGGAUCAAAUGUGGAGGAGGAGAUCCGGAUGGAGCUGAGCCCUGACCUCAUCUCAGCCUGCCUGGCCUUGGAGAAGUACCUGGACAACCCCAACGCCCUCACCGAGCGGGAGCUGAAAGUGGCCUACACCACGGUGCUUCAGGAGUGGCUGCGUCUGGCCUGCCGCAGUGAUGCCCACCCUGAGCUUGUGCGGCGCCACCUAAUCACGUUCCGGGCCAUGUCGUCACGGCUGCUGGACUACGUGGUCAACAUCGCCGACAGCAAUGGCAACACCGCGCUGCACUAUUCCGUGUCGCACGCCAACUUCCCAGUGGUGCGGCAGCUGCUGGACAGCGGUGUCUGCCAGGUGGACAAACAGAACCGUGCUGGCUAUAGCCCCAUCAUGCUCACGGCCCUAGCCACCCUGAAGAACCAGGAUGACAUGGAGACUCUCCUGCAGCUCUUACGGCUUGGAGAUGUCAAUGCCAAAGCCAGCCAGGCAGGGCAGACGGCCCUGAUGCUGGCGGUCAGCCACGGCCGGGUGGACGUGGUCAAAGCCCUGCUGGCCUGUGAGGCAGACGUCAACAUGCAGGACGAUGACGGCUCCACGGCCCUCAUGUGCGCCUGCGAGCACGGCCACAAGGAGAUCACGGGGCUGCUGCUGGCGGUGCCCAGCUGCGACAUCUCGCUCACUGACCGCGACGGGAGCACGGCUCUGAUGGUGGCCUUGGACGCGGGGCAGAGCGAGAUUGCGUCCAUGCUGUACUCCCGCAUGAACAUCAAGUGCUCGUUUGCCCCCAUGUCAGAUGACGAAAGCCCUGCAUCGUCCUCGGCAGAAGAGUAGCCAUGACGGGGAGCCAGAGGCGCCUGCCCUCACGGGCCACUCAGCCCCAAAGCAAACCGUCCCUCCCCCCUUCUUCCCCGUCCCUGGUCCCCUCCCUGGCCAGCCCCCCUCGUACCCACCAAGGCCUAAGUCUCAGAAGCAAGUGGGUUUUUCUCCUGCUUCCUAGGGGGAGUCCCCAACAGUAACAAGACUCCAGCUUAAAGUGGGUUUUUCCCAGUACCCUAGUUCAAAGCAGCCACAGUGCAGACCGAAGCUCCAUUCUCACAUAAAGUGGCGCCAGUGGCUGAUGCUGGGACGUGGCUCCGUGGGGAGCACUGAGAACAAUCAGCUGGCAGUGAUGGAUGGAGGCGGGGAGAGGGGAGCAUGUUGUGUUUUUGAAUCAUCAUCGGGGAAGGAGGGAAAUCAUAUUACUUGUUGCCAAAUUUGAAAGUCACUGGAAUUGCAUAUUUUCAUUUUAAUCGUGAAUGUUGUUAAGCACGGGCAGCGUCUGGAGUGGCUUAAUGCCUCCUGUGCCCCCCACAUUUAAUUGUCUCGUAGAUAACAGCUCUUUGUCCACUCCCCCCAGCAGCUUUCUUGGGGGGAACUUUGGUGUCUUCACAGAACAGAUUCUGUCCGUGUCACCUGGAGGAGAAAAACUAGUCUCUUCUAUUUGCCCGCUGCCACUGCCCUUGUCGCCCCCAUUCAAGUGGUGGGAGGGGCCUCGGGACCCAGCCGGCUGAGGUGUGUGAACUGAGACGUGUGAGCAGUUCGUGUCAAGAAGUCACCCCCAAAGCCAGCCCUCCCUUCACGGAGGCCCCAGCAAAUAGUAAUUUUCCUAGAAAAUCUCUCAGACCUGGAGACACAGGCAAUGAAUCUUGUUUCCAGAGCAGCUGCUGAGUGCCUGGGCUUAGAACCCGGGUUACGGGGAGUCCUUUCCCUCCCCAGACUCCAGGAUUUCUCUCUUCAAAGGAAAGAAAACAGGCUGAGUGCUUGCUGGCAGAGCACGGGCGCUCCAGAAACCCCAUGUGUGCGCGAUUAAAAGCUGGCUGCCCUUGGAGGGCUCCCAGCGCAAACUUAAAGAGGCAGGGCUUUGCCUAAAACCAAACAAGGGCCAGCUGGUUUUUUUUAACCUACAGGCUUUCCGGAGCUGCCUGGAGCAGAGCCUGCUGGAAAUAGGGCUCGCCAGACACUCACAGUUUCCUUAAUGGCCUGUUUUGUCCCCAGAAUCUCAACAUAGUUCUCUUUCCUGUUCCUUCCCUUUGUGAACCAAAAAAAGAAAAGGGGUUGGUUCUGAUCCUGAAAAAGCGCCUUGUGCAGGGGAGCAGGACCCCUAGUUGAUAGGCGUCCUGCCCUCUGUGACGCUCUCAGCUCGGCCACCAGGGUGGGAGCCAGACCACAGGAGGGCAGACCAGGCCCGAGUGCUCACGCUGGCUUCUCUCCUGCAGAAGCGGUUUUCUUGGCUGAAUGGAGAGUGGCUGGCUUUGAUUUUGAUUGAAGGGAAAAUCUUUGUGACUUGGUAUCUAAGACAAAAGAGCUUGAAUGGUUAAAGGAGGGAGGCACUCCAGUGUGUGUGUGUGAGAGAGAGAGAGAGAGGGAGAGAGAGGGAGAGAGAGUUGGAGAGAAAGCAAAAGCACAGCUGCCUGAGGAUGGCCACUGGUGUCCGAAGGGAGGCUGCAGCGGUGGGCAGCCUUGGGCAGCGGUACGGACUUGUGUGCCUGGGUGUUCUGGCCUGGAGCCGGGGGGUGGGGGGGGGGGUGUUUAUUUUAAGGUUCUAGAAAUGGCUCGUUGACACACCACCCUCUGCGCCGAUAAAUCCAUAUUUGUCCGUGUGUUCCCCUCUCCACUGGUACCCACUGGGCUGGGCAUGGUAGGCUGCGGGUGCGCUGCCUUUGUCCCCAUUCUCUUCUCACGUGUAUUCAUGGCCUUGACUUUCCAACCACGGUACGUCCAUGCAGACAGUAUUACACUUAAGUGAAGUAUUCCCUUUUGUAACCGUUUUUUAGAAGGUAAAGGAAUUUAAUAAAGCUGCCUUAUGAUAAUGCCGA